GUUGCGUGUGUCGCUGGUGAGCAGGUUGUAGUGCCGGCAGCGUGGCGGCAUUGCCAUAGUUACCACAAACUGACAGCCGGCCCCUGCUGCAGAUAUCAUGGCUCUGGACGAUCCACGCUUGGAGUGGAUCCGGGACCGAGUGUACUGCGGCUUCAGUCUGACUGACCCGAGUUGCUUCGAAGAACUCCUCAACCGGAACGACGGAGAACAUGAAGUCAAACUGCUCCGUUUUCUUAACGAGAGCUCCACCGAAGAGGCCCCCUCCGCGCUGUUCUUCUUCCAAAGUAUCAGAGAGGAGGAAGUGGACGUGCAAAUAGCAGUCGAACCUGAAGAACUUUCUUUAAAAAUAAACGUAUCACAAGAAGAGGAGGCUAACAUUCCUCUACUAAGAAAUGAAAUCGAGGACCUGAGUAAAAAAUCUGAAGAUACAGGCUCACUAGAACCAUCUAGUGACAACAAUGGUAGCACAGCUGUCAGAGAUAUUGGGUCUCUACCUACAGAAGUAAAUGGAAAAUCAGAGGAUUCCACUAUUUUGGAGACAGAAAGUGUUUCAGAUUCAAUUGAAGAAAGAACUCAUGGAACAUCUGUUGCCCCCAAUUCUCACACUAAAACAAUCAAACAGAAGGUGUACUGCACUGUUCUUUAUGUUUCAUUCAAUUGCAUCCCUGAAGAGUUUGCAGAUUUCAGUGCUUUAUUUUUCCUGCGAAAUACCCAAGAAACUAUUCUAGAACCCAGUGAUACGCAGGAGGCCUGUGAUGUUAUGCCGAUGUUCUUGGAGUAUGGAAUCUUGAAUGGACAUCCGCUGUUAAUGCUUAAACAAGUCUUUUCCCAGGUUUUUAUGCCUCUGUUGUCUUACAAUCACCACAAAAGCGGAGAUGGUUCCCUUCAAGAGGAUCCUGGUCGGCCACCAGGUUCUUCUGAAGAUUCAACUGAAAAAGACUCCACAAAGUUGGAACAACCAGCUGCAGAACGGAUAAGCAUUCAACUAAUUAGAGAUGAAUUCCUAAUGAAUAUGCAGAAGUUCUUGAACCAUAUUCAGCAAACAAUUCAGCAGCUAGAGGGAGAAAUUAAGUUAGAGAUGCCAGAGGUCAAUCUUGAUGUUGAACCUGCUGUUCUAGCAGCUGAUGAAGCUGCUGUGGAAAGACUUGAGCAAUGUGUGAUGAACUGGCAGACACAGAUGUCAGCAGCUCUGGAAGAACAGCUACAAAAGAAACCACAGGGAAAUGGACCACUAGCUGAAGUUGAUUUUUGGCGUGAACGCAAUGCGACUUUAAGUGCCCUUAGUGAACAGCUGAAACUCCCUACAGUCAAGAAGGUCUUGAAUAUUUUGUCCAUUGCAGACCCUGGCUUAGUACAGAAUCUCGAUCUGACAGUCACUGAAUUAGCAAAGUAUCAUGUUGAAGCUGCUGAUAAUGUACGAUUUCUCUCCACUCUGGAACGACAUCUAAAGAAUUUAACACAUGGUACUGGUUUUAAUGUUGUCUUGGAUACAAUUCCGUCAAUGAUGAAUGCAUUAAGAAUGGUGUGGAUUAUUUCACGCCAUUACAACAAGGAUGAGCGAAUGGUCCCUUUAAUGGAGAGAAUAGCUUGGGAAAUUGCAGAAAGAGUGUGUAGAGUCCUUAAUAUUCACACUUUGUUCAGAGAAAACAGGGAGACUGCAAAGCACAAGACUCUGGAAGCAAAACGAACCCUGGAGUUGUGGAAAAGUUGUUAUUUUGAAGUUCGUGCCAAGAUCGAGGCUUUAGGAAGGGACCAGCGUUGGGAAUUUGAUAGAAAACGUUUGUUUGAAAAAACCGACUAUUUGACUACUAUUUGCCAGGAUCUGUUUGAUAUUUUACAGGUUCUGGAAGAGUUUUACAAUAUUUUUGGGCCUGAACUGAAAGCUGUCACAGGAGAUCCCAAACGUAUCGAUGAUGUAUUGCAUAGAGUUGAUGGUCUUAUCAAACCAAUGGAAACCCUGUCCUUUGAUCCCUUCAAUAUAAAAUAUGCCCAUCAGUGGAAGCUUGUCAUGGAUGACUUUAAAAAUGAAGUUCAGGCUAUUGAAGGUGAGGCCAUAAACUUCAUUGAUGAAUCAUUUAAGACACUUCGCUCUGCUGAGGCUGCGUUUGACAUGCUGUUGAAAUUUAAGCACAUCCGCUCUCGAGAAGCCAUCAACAAGCAGAUGAUGAAGAAAUUUAAUGCAAUCCUGGAGCAGUAUUGUAAAGAGGUAGAUGUAGUGAACAACAUUUUUGUAGAAAACCUGAAUAAUCCGAAGCUGUACAAGAAUCAUCCUCCAGUGGCUGGAUCAAUAUAUUGGGAGAGGUCGCUUUUCCACCGAAUCAAGCAUACAAUCAUUCGAUUCCUGGAAAUGGAAGAGAUGUUGUCUUGUGAACAUGGAAAACUGGCAAAGGCAAAAUAUUUGGAAGUGGCAAGAAGAAUGAAGGCAUAUGAGGAUAACAAAUAUGAAGCCUGGAAAGAGAGUACAGAUCAGAUCCUGCACUCACUGCUGAAAAGAAGUUUACUCAUUAACACGCAUGUACCAGCUGUUAACCAUGCAAACUUGAAUUUAGCUGAUGUGGAUGUUGACCAACUGAAAGCGGACACUGAUUAUAAAAAUGUCCACUACGCUGUGAAUUUUGCCCCUGAACUGCAAGAAAUUAUAAUGGAAACAAAACACAUGGAGCAGCUGGGUUUCUCUGUUGGUGAAUUGCAAAGAAAUGUAGCACUACAAGAAGACAAGUUCUUAAGGUACAUCGAUGACAUGAAACAAAUUCUGGGUUCUUAUGCGAAACUGAUGGAGUCUUUGAAUGAAGCCGAAACACAGCUGCUUAAUAACCACAUUCACGACCUUUUAAAGGUUUUUAGAUCUGGAUAUAGAAGACUGAAUUGGAAUUCAUUAGGUAUUGAAGACUAUAUCACUCGGUGUGGGCAGGCAGUUUCGAAGUUUGAAGCCUUGGUACUUAAAAUCCAGAAGAACACAAAUGACAUUGAUUGCAAACUCUUGGCUAUUGAAUCUGCAAACCUCUUUAAAUUUCUGACUAAAAAGUCAACAGAUCUCCCAGGUGUCAAUGAAUUCUUUGAAUACAUAGAGAAUGAGCGGAAUAAGGACAUUGAAAUUAUGGUCAGAAAAUAUACUGCAAUUGAGUCUAUCCUAACAAAAAUUGAAGGUCUUGUGGUGAAUACAAACACUGGAAAAAAUCCCAAAUUGGCUCAAUAUUAUGCUUACUGGGAAAGCAGAGUUUACAACACAUUGUCAAAGAUGGUUAUAAAGAAUUUUCAAGCUUUUAAUGCAGCUAUUCUUGGAGAUGUUCCUCUUUUUCAAGUGGAAACUAUUCUGUCUGCUCCAGAAAUAAUACUUCAUCCUAAUUUCAAUGAAAUUUUCAAACUGAUUGUUCAGUGCUACAAAGGGUGUCUUGAGACGACAAAGAGUUUUGUUCGUUGGCUGCAUGGAACUUGCAUUCUCUGCCCUCCUCAAAAAACCGAGGAAGGUGAACCUGUUAUCUACAAUUUCUAUAGUGAUAUUUAUCAGAACCCUCAAAUAACAGAACAAGCUGUAAUUAUCAACCAGAAUAUGCACAAGAUCCUCACAUCUCUCAUGAAAUACCUGAAUAGGUGGAAGAGAUACCGGCCUCUAUGGAAAAUGGAUAAAGCCAUUGUCUUGGAGAAGUUUGCUGCCAGAAAGCCAUCCUGCGUAACAUAUGACGAGAAGUUGCAGUUUUAUAGCAGACUGGCUCAAGAGGUUACACAACAGCCUUUAACUAAAGAUGAACAAUGUAUUAGGCUGCAUCUGGGACCUUUAGUCUACACAGUGCAGGAGAAUGCAAGAGCGUGGGUAAACUCACUUGGGCACCUUCUGAAUGAGUCUGCACGGGAGGAGCUCUACAGUGUCAGGGAUGAACUGGAAAAGCUGUCUCUAAACCUAAUGCAAACUCCAGACACACUUGAAGAUCUCAAAUUUGUACUUGCUACUAUAGCAGACAUUAGAGAUAUGUCUCUAAUGGUCGAACUGCGAAUUCAAGAUAUCCAAGAGAGAUACCGAACCUUGACAAUGUACAAUAUUGAGUUUAAUGAAGAAGAGAAAAGUUUGUCAGAGAGAAUAACACACAUCUGGGAAGAUCUGUUUCAGGAAUCAAAGCAGGUGGAUCGUAGUCUUGGAAAAGUGAAAAGGACAUUCACCCAGAUCACAAAAGAUCAGAUUGAGCACUAUAAGAAAGAGUUGGCACAGUUUGCAGAUUUGUUCCAUAUAGAAGGACCUGGUGCUGUUGGAGAUGACCUAAAUAAAGGUUUGCAGAUCCUUGUAUCAUAUGAAAAAGAGCUGGUGAAUUAUGAGAAGAACCGGCAGGAGCUGGCCAACGCAGAAAAACUUUUUGAUCUUCCUAUAACCAUGUAUUCUGAGCUCUUACAAGUGCAAAAAGAAAUGAAGGGUUUGCGACAAGUGUAUGAUAUCUACAGUGCGCAAAAGGUUGCCAAAGAAGAAUGGUCGCAGACACUCUGGGCAAAUUUAAAUGUUCAGAUUCUCCAAGAUGGGAUUGAUGGCUUUCUCAAAACUUUCAGAAAGCUCCCAAAAGAAAUCCGCAGUCUGCCAGUGGCUUUUUAUCUAGAGUCCAAAAUGAAGGAGUUCAAAGACUCCAUUCCUUUACUUCUUGAUCUAAAGAAUGAAGCACUCAGAGACAGGCAUUGGAAAGACUUGAUGGCCAAAACAGGUACAAGUUUUGAUAUGAACCCUGAUACUUUCACCUUAGAAAAUAUGUUUGCCAUGGAAUUACACAAGUAUCCAGAAGUCAUCAAUGAGAUUGUAGCUUCAGCAGUUAAGGAGCUCAGCAUAGAGAAGGGUGUUAAAGAAAUCGUAGAUAAUUGGGAAAAUAUGAAAUUUAUUGUGCAGCGAUAUAUAAAAGGCACUCAAGACCGUGGCAGUAUAUUGGGAUCUGUUGAUGACAUUCUGCAAAUACUUGAUGACAAUGCUAUGAACCUACAAAGUAUCUCUGGCAGUCGCUUUGUUGGCCCUUUUCUAAAUACUGUACAACACUGGGAGAAAAUGCUCUCUCUAUUUGGGGAAGUUAUCGAAGUGUGGAUGGUUGUGCAACGAAAAUGGAUGUAUUUGGAGAGUAUAUUUAUCGGUGGAGAUAUCAGAUCACAGUUGCCAGAGGAGGCAAAGAAAUUUGACAACAUUGACAAAAUAUUUAAAAGGAUAAUGUCAGAGACUGUGAAAGAUCCCGUCAUAAAGCGAUGCUGUCAAGCCUCAAAUCGACUGUUUGAUUUACAAAACCUUAGCGAGAGUCUUGAGAAAUGUCAGAAAAGUUUGAAUGAUUACCUUGACUCCAAGAGGAAUGCUUUCCCCCGAUUCUUCUUUAUAUCGGAUGAUGAGCUGCUCAGUAUACUGGGUAGCAGUGAUCCUACUUGUGUACAGGAACAUAUAAUCAAGAUGUAUGAUAAUAUUGCAUCGCUGAAGUUUCGUGCUGGAGACAGUGGUGAAAUGUUGGCGACAGGCAUGAUCUCAGCUGAAGGAGAGGAGAUGGCUUUCCGCCAGCCUAUAGCAGCUGAAGGUCGUGUGGAGGAUUGGAUGACUGCUGUAUUGCAGGAAAUGCGGAGGACCAACAGACUCAUUACUAAGGAGGCUAUAUUUAGAUACUGUGAGGAUAACAGCAGGGUGGACUGGAUGCUUUUGUACCAGGGGAUGGUAGUCUUGGCUGGUAAUCAGGUGUGGUGGACCUGGGAAGUUGAAGACAUAUUUUUGAAGGUCAAGAAAGGGGAGAAACAAGCUCUGAAGAACUACGCCAAGAAAAUGCACCAACAAAUUGAUGAGCUGGUUACUCGGAUCACCACACCUUUAAGCAAAAACGACAGAAAAAAAUAUAAUACUGUCCUCAUCAUUGAUGUACAUGCUAGAGACAUUGUAGACAUAUUUGUGAGAGACAGCAUAAUGGAUGCCCGGGAGUUUGAAUGGGAAAGCCAACUGCGGUUUUACUGGGAUAGAGAACCUGAUGAACUGAAUGUCCGCCAGUGCACUGGAACCUUUGCCUACGGCUAUGAGUAUAUGGGCCUUAAUGGGAGGCUGGUCAUCACCCCUCUGACAGAUCGCAUAUAUCUCACUCUUACUCAGGCACUGUCCAUGUAUUUGGGUGGGGCACCCGCAGGUCCCGCUGGGACUGGUAAAACUGAAACAACUAAAGACCUGGCCAAAGCUCUUGGAUUGCUGUGUGUAGUGACAAACUGUGGUGAAGGCAUGGACUACAAGGCUGUCGGUAAAAUCUUCUCUGGCCUUGCUCAGUGUGGAGCUUGGGGCUGUUUUGAUGAGUUCAAUAGGAUUGAUGCCUCUGUGCUUUCAGUCAUUUCCUCUCAGAUACAGACCAUCCGAAAUGCUCUAAUCCAUCACUUGAAGAAAUUUCAGUUUGAAGGCCAGGAGAUUGCCCUAGAUUCUCGAAUGGGGAUCUUCAUUACAAUGAAUCCUGGCUAUGCUGGGCGAACGGAGUUGCCAGAAUCGGUUAAGGCUCUCUUCAGGCCAGUGGUUGUAAUUGUACCAGACCUCCAGCAAAUAUGUGAAAUCAUGCUCUUUUCAGAGGGCUUUCUCUUGGCCAAGAACCUGGCUAAAAAGAUGACUGUCUUGUACAAACUUGCAAGAGAACAACUAUCCAAACAGCAUCACUAUGAUUUUGGAUUGCGUGCUCUUAAGUCUGUGCUGGUGAUGGCUGGAGAGCUGAAAAGAGGAUCACCUGACCUGAGUGAGGAUGUUGUAUUGAUGAGGGCCCUGAGAGACAUGAAUCUACCCAAGUUUGUGUUUGAAGAUGUCCCUCUGUUCCUUGGUUUAAUCUCUGAUUUGUUCCCGGGAUUGGACUGUCCCCGUGUUCGCUACCCCAAAUUUAAUGAUGCUGUGGAAGAAGCUCUUCGUGAAAACAACUAUAUUCUACUGCCUGUUCAGGUGGACAAAGUUGUUCAGAUGUAUGAAACAAUGCUAACUCGUCACACCACUAUGAUAGUUGGGCCCACCGGAGGGGGGAAAUCUGUCGUAAUUAACAGUUUGUGCUUGGCCCAGACUAAACUUGGGCUUAUGACAAAGUUAUAUACACUAAAUCCCAAAGCAAUGAGUGUGGUUGAGCUAUAUGGUAUCCUGGACCCAACAACCAGAGACUGGACAGAUGGGGUCCUUUCAAAUAUCUUCAGGGAAAUCAACAAGCCCACUGAUAAAAAAGAGAGAAGGUACAUAUUAUUUGAUGGACAUGUGGAUGCUCUCUGGGUGGAAAAUAUGAAUUCAGUGAUGGACGAUAAUAAGCUAUUGACCUUGGCAAAUGGAGAGAGAAUAAGACUUCAACCACACUGCGCCUUAUUAUUUGAGGUUGGAGAUUUACAAUAUGCUUCUCCAGCAACUGUGUCCCGCUGCGGAAUGGUCUUCGUAGAUCCUAAAAACCUUAAGUACCAACCUUACUGGCAGAAGUGGGUCAACAAUAGGCAGAACAAGCAAGAGCACCUUGAAUUAAAUCGCUUAUUUGAGAAAUAUGUUCCUCACUGCCUUGAAAUGAUUGUUGAAGGAAUUAUGGAUGGGAAACAAGGAGAAAAGUUAAAAACUAUUGUUCCUCAAACCGAUCUAAACAUGGUGACACAAUUGUCCAUGAUGUUGGAUGCUUUAAUUGAAAAAGAGGUUGAAGAUGUUGAUGUGUUGGAAUGCUACUUUAUAGAAGCUCUGUAUUGCUCUUUGGGAGCAACAUUACUUGAAACUGGAAGAAUUAAAUUUGAUGAGUACAUAAAGCGUUUAGCAUCAAUGUCAACUAUUUAUGAUGAGCAGGCACUGGCGGGUCCUGGAGAACUUCCAGGUCAGCUGCCCACCAUUUAUGACUUUCAUUUCGAUAUUGAGAAAAACAAAUGGAUACCUUGGAGCAAAUUGGUUCCAGAAUACAUACAUAAAUCAGAUGUGAAAUUUAUUGAUAUCCUAGUUCCCACAGUAGACACUACGCGCACCACAUGGCUUUUGGAGCAGAUGGUGAAAAUUAAACGACCAGUAGUUCUUGUUGGUGAAUCUGGUACAUCUAAGACAGCAACUACAACAAACCUCUUAAGGAACUUGAACAGUGAUAACACGAUUCUUCUGACUAUCAAUUUUUCCUCUCGUACAACCUCUAUGGACAUCCAAAGGAAUCUGGAAGCCAAUGUAGAGAAACGUACAAAGGAUACCUAUGGGCCACCUAUGGGCAAACGCUUGCUGGUGUUCAUGGAUGACAUGAAUAUGCCGAAGGUGGAUGAGUAUGGAACACAACAGCCCAUUGCCCUGCUGAAGUUGCUGCUGGAGAAGGGCGGCAUGUAUGACCGUGGCAAGGAGCUUAACUGCAAGUUUCUUCGGGACCUUGGAUUUAUAGCUGCAAUGGGAAAAGCUGGUGGUGGCCGUAAUGAAGUGGACACACGCUUUAUUUCCCUCUUUACUGUAUUUAAUGUACUUUUCCCUGCAGAAGAGUCCUUGCACCGUAUUUACUUCUCUAUCUUACAUGGACACAUAAUGAUAUUUAAUGAAGAUAUCCAGGCAAUUUGUAAUAAGAUGACUUAUUGUACUCUUGAGCUUUAUAAAAUGAUUGUUCGGGAUCUUCCUCCAACACCUUCAAAGUUCCAUUAUAUAUUUAACCUUCGAGACCUCUCCCGUGUAUUUAAUGGAUUGAUUUUAACGACCCCAGAAAGAUUUCAGACAGUUGCACAGAUGGUGAGAGUAUGGAGGAAUGAAGCCCUACGCGUUUUCCAUGAUAGGCUAAUCAAUGAAGAUGAUAAGAAAGUGGUACAAGGCCACAUUCAGAGUUUGAUAGAGGAACACUUUAAAGCAGACUUAGAUCAUGCCAUGAGAGACCCCAUUUUGUUUGGAGAUUACAGAACAGCAAUGGAUGAAGGGGAACCACGAGUCUAUGAGGACAUUUUAGAUUAUGAUGCAGCCAAGGCUCUCUUUCAGGAAAUUCUUGAGGAAUACAAUGAAAACAAGACCAAAAUGAAUUUGGUUCUUUUUGAUGAUGCACUGGAACAUUUAACUCGUAUACACCGCAUUAUAAGGAUGGACCGAGGUCACGCUCUGAUGGUUGGUGUAGGAGGUUCAGGGAAGCAAUCUCUUGCUCGUUUAGCUGCCUUUGCUGCUGGAUAUGAGGUUUUUGAAAUUGUUCUGAGUCGGGGAUAUGGAGAGAACAGUUUCCGUGAAGAUCUGAAGACUCUUUACAUGAAACUUGGUCUGGAGAACAAGAAAAUGGUUUUCCUCUUUACAGACGCUCAUGUGGCAGAAGAAGGAUUUCUGGAACUUAUCAACAACAUGUUAACGUCGGGAAUGGUUCCAGCACUUUUCCAAGAUGAGGAGAAGGAAUCUGUUCUAAGCCAAGUCAGAGAUGAAGCUGGCAAACAUGGAGUGGGCCCUGCCAAGGAAAGCAUCUGGCAGUUCUUUGUUAACAAGAGCGCCAACAACCUUCACAUCUUACUUGGCAUGUCCCCAGUUGGUGACACAUUAAGAACCAGAUGCAGAAAUUUCCCAGGUUUGGUGAAUAAUACUGGGAUUGAUUGGUUCCUGCCUUGGCCACCACAAGCUCUAUAUGCUGUUGCUAAAUCAUUUUUAGGCGUAAAUGAAAUGAUCCCAUCCCAGCAUUUGGAGCCAGUGAUUGGUCAUGUUGUUAUGGUGCAUGAUUCUGUGGGAAAAUUCAGCAAAAAAUUCCAGCAGAAACUAAGACGCAGCAAUUAUGUCACCCCAAAGAAUUAUCUGGACUUUAUCAACACAUAUUCAAAGUUACUGGAAGAAAAGAAUCAGUUCAAUCUGGCACAGUGCAAACGACUGGAAGGGGGUCUUGACAAGUUGAAGGAAGCUACUGUGCAACUGGCUGAGCUUAAUGUAAAGCUGGCUGAACAGAAGGUGGUAUUAGCUGAGAAAUCGGCCGCAUGUGAAGCGUUACUGGAUGAGAUAUCAGUCAAUACUGCAGUUGCUGAGGAGAAAAGAAAGCUUGCUGAAGAGAAGGCUGCAGAAAUAGAGGAGCAGAAUAAGGUGAUUGCGGUGGAGAAGAAGGACGCAGAGAGUUCUCUGGCAGAAGCUUUGCCCAUCCUGGAGGCUGCAAAGCUGGAACUGCAGAAAUUGGACAGAUCUGAUGUUACUGAGAUCAGGACAUUUGCCAAACCCCCACGGCAAGUUCAGGUUGUUUGUGAGUGUAUCUUGGUGAUGAGAGGGUACAGGGAGAUCAGCUGGAAAAAUGCAAAGGGAAUGAUGUCGGAACCAAAUUUCCUGAAGAUACUCAUGGAAAUAGACUUUGAUGCAAUCACCCAGAAUCAAGUCAAGACAGUCAGAGGUUUCUUAAAAAAUCUCAAUGCAACAUUUGAAGAAAUGGAGGCUAUUAGUAAAGCAGGCCUGGGGAUGCUGAAGUUUGUCGACGCUGUAAUGGGUUAUUGUGAUGUGGCUAAAGAGAUCAAACCAAAGAGAGAAAAGGUGGCAAAACUGGAGCGGAACUAUUAUAUAAGUAAGCGGGAGCUGGAGAGGAUCCAGUCUGAAUUAGCCACCAUCCAGAGUGAGUUAAAAACCUUGGGACAACGAUAUGAAGACGCCAUAUCAGAGAAGCAAAAGCUGCAGAAAGAAGCGGAAAUUAUGGAGCGUAGACUGAUUGCAGCUGAUAAAUUGAUCUCUGGUUUGGGAUCUGAGAAUUUAAGGUGGACAAAUGAUUUAGAAGACCUGAAGGAGAGGAGAGUAAAGUUACUUGGAGAUUGUUUGCUCUGCUCUGCAUUCCUCAGCUAUGAAGGUGCCUUCAAUUGGGAGUUCCGUAAAGAGAUGGUAUACACAGAAUGGCAGCAGGACAUAGUGGACCGUGAAGUCCCGCUGAGUCACCCCUUCAGGAUUGAAAGUCUACUUACUGAUGAUGUUGAAAUUAGCAGGUGGGGCUCAGAAGGAUUACCUCCAGAUGAACUCUCAAUACAAAAUGGCAUAUUGACCACUAGGGCGAGCCGCUUCCCGCUGUGCAUAGACCCUCAGCAGCAAGCACUGAAUUGGAUCAAAAGGAAGGAGGAAAGGAACAACCUUAAGAUUUCCUCUUUUAAUGACCCUGAUUUCUUGAAACAAUUAGAAAUGGCCAUUAAGUACGGCUUUCCAUUCCUGUUUCAAGAUGUUGAUGAGUAUAUUGACCCUGUCAUUGACAAUGUUCUAGAGAAAAAUAUUAAAGGUGCCCAAGGCCGUCAGUUUCUCUUUUUGGGAGAUAAAGAGGUUGAUUAUGAUCCAAACUUCAGACUGUACUUAAAUACAAAGCUGGCAAACCCAAAGUACUCUCCUUCAGUGUUUGGUAAAGCAAUGGUCAUCAAUUACACAGUUACUUUGAAAGGCCUCGAAGAUCAAUUACUUAGUGUCAUUGUUGGCUUUGAAAGAAGAGAGUUGGAAGAGCAAAGAGAAAAUCUCAUUCUAGAGACCAGUGAGAAUAAAAAGUUAUUAAAGGACCUGGAGGACUCCUUAUUGAGAGAGCUUGCAACCUCCACUGGUAACAUGUUGGAUAAUGUGGAACUGGUUCAUACCCUGGAAGAGACAAAGUCCAAAGCUACAGAGGUAUCAGAAAAACUGAAGCUAGCAGAGAGAACUGCGGUGGACAUUGAUAAAUUACGAGAUGGUUAUAGACCAGCUGCCAAGCGCGGUGCCAUACUCUUCUUUGUCCUGUCUGAGAUGGCCCUGGUCAAUACAAUGUAUCAAUAUUCGCUGUCCUCAUUCUUGGCUGUGUUUGAUUUAUCACUGCGGAAAUCUUUGCCUGAUGGUAUUUUGGUCAAAAGGUUGAAAAACAUAAUGGACACGUUGACGUUCAACAUUUAUAACUAUGGAUGCACAGGCUUAUUUGAGAGACAUAAGUUGCUGUUUUCCUUCAAUAUGACCAUAAAGAUAGAACAAGCAGAUGGCAGGGUGCCACAGGAGGAACUGGACUUCUUCUUAAAAGGAAAUAUAUCACUAGAGAAAAGCAAGAGAAAGAAGCCAUGUUCUUGGCUCCCAGACCAAGGAUGGGAAGACAUCAUCCGCCUCUCUGAAUUGUUCCCCUCCCUGUUUGGGUCACUUCCUGAUGAUGUGGAGAGACAUGAGUCAGAAUGGAAAGUUUGGUAUGACCUGGACACUCUGGAGCAGUGUCCCUUCCCUCUCGGCUACAAUGACAAGCUUUCUACCUUUCAAAAGCUGCUGCUGCUGAGAUGCUUUAGAGUAGACCGUGUGUACAGAGCUGUAACAGACUAUGUCACAGUCACCAUGGGAGAAAAGUAUGUACAGCCACCCGUCAUAAGCUUUGAAGCUAUAUUUGAACAGAGUGUUCCAACUUCUCCUAUUGUCUUCAUCCUGAGUCCGGGGUCUGAUCCUGCCAGUGACCUCAUGAAACUGGCAGAUAGGUCAGGCUUUGGAGGAAAUCGCCUGAAAUUCCUUGCCAUGGGUCAGGGGCAGGAAAAAGUUGCCCUUCAGCUCCUGGAGACCGCAGUAUCUCGUGGACAGUGGCUUAUGUUACAAAACUGCCACCUCCUGGUGAAGUGGCUGAAAGAUUUAGAAAAAGCAUUGGAGAUGAUAAGGAAACCACACCCAGACUUCCGCCUGUGGCUCACUACCGAUCCCACCAAAGACUUUCCUAUUGGAAUUCUACAGAAAUCCCUCAAGGUUGUUACAGAACCUCCUAAUGGACUGAAGUUGAAUAUGAGAGCAACAUACUUCAAGAUCACCCAUGAAGCUCUUGAUGCGUGUCCGCAUCCUGCGUUCAAAACCUUGGUCUAUGUGCUGACCUUCUUCCAUGCGGUGGUGCAGGAGAGAAGGAAAUUUGGGAAAAUUGGCUGGAAUGUAUCUUAUGAUUUCAAUGAGUCUGAUUUCCAGGUGUGCAUGGAGAUAUUACAUACAUAUCUGACCAAAGCCUACACCCAGCAUGAUACCAGGAUACCAUGGGGAAGCCUCAAGUACCUUAUUGGAGAGGUCAUGUAUGGGGGAAGGGCAAUUGACAGCUAUGACCGUCGCAUCCUCACCACCUACAUGGACGAGUAUUUGGGUGACUUUAUCUUUGACACGUUCCAGCUGUUCCAUUUCUAUAAAAAUGAGGAGGUUGAUUACAAAAUUCCAAGUGGAGAUUUAAAAGAUGACUAUGUUGAGGAGAUAGAAUCCCUUCCGCUGGCUAACACCCCUGAGGUGUUUGGCCUCCAUUCUAAUGCUGAGAUUGGAUACUACACGCAGGCAGCUCGGGAUAUGUGGUCUCACCUCCUGGAGCUGCAGCCACAAACAGGUGAAUCUGGCACGGGUAUAAGCCGAGAUGAGUACAUCGGCCAAGUGGCAAAGGACAUUGAGAACAAGCUGCCCCAAAUAUUUGAUUUGGAUCAAAUUAGAAAGAAUUUGGGGUUGGAAAUAUCACCCACUACUGUGGUGUUACUGCAGGAAUUGGAAAGGUUUAACAAUCUGAUCAUCCGCAUGUCCAGAUCCCUGGCUGAACUUCAGAAGGCUUUGGCUGGGGAAGUUGGAAUGAGCAGUGAGUUAGAUGAAGUGGCUCGAGCUCUUUUCAAUGGGCAGAUUCCAAACAUAUGGCGAAGACUGGCUCCUGAUACUUUAAAGUCUUUGGGAAACUGGAUGAUUCACUUCAGAAGACGUUACAAUCAAUACACAUCGUGGGUGAAUGACAGUGAGCCAAACGUCAUGUGGCUGUCAGGGCUACAUAUCCCAGAGUCCUACCUGACUGCUCUUGUUCAGGCCACUUGCAGAAAGAAUGGAUGGCCACUUGACCGUUCCACCCUGUACACUCAGGUUACAAAGUUUCGUACAGCUGAUGAAGUCACAGAGAGGCCUGGACAGGGAUGCUUUAUUUCUGGCCUAUACUUGGAGGGAGCUGACUGGGACAUAGAGAACUCAUGUUUAAUUAAAAGUAAACCCAAAGUCCUUGUGGUGCAGCUUCCUGUAUUGAAGGUUAUCCCAAUUGAAGCUCAUCGUCUCAAAUUACAGAACACAUUCAGGACACCCGUCUACACUACAUCUAUGAGGAGGAACGCAAUGGGAGUUGGUUUGGUGUGUGAGGCUGAUCUCUAUACAACGAAGCACAUUUCACACUGGGUGCUGCAAGGAGUGUGCCUCACGCUCAACUCCGAUUAGAUUAUAACAGUGCAGCAUAAUACAGUUAUAAUAGUGUCGCAAUAACAAAUAAUAUAUUUUUCAUGUUAAAUGUUUAUAUAUUUAGAUAUAUGCAAGAUAAACAUUGAAAUAAAUGGUGCUUGUUA